ACUGGUUCCCUCCCGUCCGUCGGCGCAGCCCCAUCUUUUCGCGAUGGACCGCGGAAGACCUGGACCAUCUGGACCACUCCUACCCCUGAUACCAGAGACAGACAGGAACAAUUGUCGGAUCUGCGAACCGGGCACCUAUCUAUCCCACGUAGACUCUUUACCCUUCGUUCGUCGAUGGUGCUUCUCUUCCUCUUCCCAACCCUCCCCUCUGUUCCUCCCCUCCAGUCUCUCGAGUACGGAAAGCUUCUCCUGUGAGACACUUCGAUAUGAGUUAAACGCUAUCAUGACAGCGGCUCGAGAUUCUGUUCCUGUUCUGGUCUCCCUUUAUUGACUUGAUCGUCAUCUUUAUUACUGGGAAGACUCAAUCCCUGACUAGCCGAGUGUCCUAGUCAAAUCUCUGUGCAACAUACAGUCCAGGUAAAGGCCAUCCACAUAGUCUACCUGGCGACUGUGGAUCUAAGAUGGUUGCCUUAAAACGAUUUUUCCAUGCAGACAAAGCUUCGCUGGCGCACCCUGACGAUCGUGAUACUCGAGGUAGCCUAGGGAGCGAUGGGGAUUCUCUUGCCCUGCCGAAUGUGAAGACCCCUCAGCAGAUGACCGGGGAGAACCGACUCAGGAAGACAGAAGAGAAUUUCGAGGUCCAGCACAAUCCUAUACCAACACGGCCCCUCUCCUCUCGUUCGCAGGCACCACCCUCACGUGCUUCGAAAAGGUCUCCGGAGAAAAACCCUCGACAUGUGGACUUGCUUGAUGCCUUGUUCUCUUCACAUCGGUAUCAUAUCCAAUGCGCGAGCACCUUGUCGCCAAUCACACCGUACAAUGAAGACAUAGCUGAACGGAACAUGGUCCCGUUCCUCAGAGGGAUGGUGUUCAAGCAAAAAGUGCACUCACGUCCCGUCUCGGCUCUUUACCAGGAGGAUGUGGCAGACAGAAACAUCCCUGGAAACAAAAGCACUCUCUCCCGCAGUGCUAGUGCGCGGACCCGAACUACCCCUCUUCGCUUUCAGAAGCUUUCCUCUCAGAGGUAUGAGCCAAAAGCGAAGGCUCGGGAUGAGCCCCAUGUAAGUGCGAAGGGAACCAUAUUGGCGAGGUCAACUUCCCCGGACAGUCUGGCAGGAUCCCGGCUCCGUGCAGAUGUACGGCCUGGCUCUUCAAGAGACAUUGCCUUCCAGAGAAGCACUCUUCGUUCUUACACAUCAGCCCCUGAUCUACUGGGAGAAGGAAACAGUGCAGUCCAUGAAGCUGAUUCUGGUUCUGGUGCAUACUUGGGCGUCCCUCCUGCUCACAAACAAGGCGAUAAAUGGAGCAGCAGGCCCUUGCCCGACAGCCCAACGCUGCCCUUGACGAUGAGAGGAGAUGACGGUGCCAAUGAAAACAGAUCCCCUGGUCCGAACAUUCAAAGUGCGUCGACGUCUACCCGGCAGGGUACCAAAAAGAAUGUCCGAGACCUUUCCAUCAAUACGAAACUGGCAGCUCGAGGAAGGCCAGCUAUGAAGAUAUCACACUGUGCUAUCCAGCCACCGACCCCAGGUGCCACCGAAGGGAAACAAACCCCCAGCAUUGCAGAAAUCAUGAACAGCCCUCUGCCAGUGGGAACUCCCACGUCCACAUCUCCCCUACCUCAGUCUAGCCAGAAGGUUGCCGAGAUGAUGGAUCUGUUCAGGCAGGCCUACGCUUCGACGCAUGUCAUCUCACCACAUCCUACUUUUGAAACCCUUCAAGAUGCCAUCGUCAGGGAGAUCAACUCCCACGAGGCCUUCCAGCGUAUAUCUUUCCCUUCGGAGCCUUCGCUUACCCCUUCGCCGGCCCAAGAAUCCUUUGACAGAACCCUCCAUGUGCCAUUACACCCAGUCUCAGGACCGGAUCGGGUUGUCUCCGCAAAAGAAGGCCAAUUCUUGAAACAAAUCCGAAAAAGCUCAUUCAAAAAGCACCAAAGGGACUCGGACCAGCGCAAAAGUAUUUCCACCAGCGUUCCAUCCACAGCCAUUCUGGACUCGCACACCUCGAGUCGCCGGAGACACACCGAUGCUCCGAUGCCCUCACUCGGGCUCUUCAACAAUGGCAGCGAGAAAAAACAGCAAGCCAUUGACAACCCUGAAGAGCCAGUAACAUACAUGGACCUAGUCCUUCGCUCCGAGAAGAACUCCAACCCUGCCUUGAAAAGCGCCCCGCAACAAAACAGCAGCCUAGUUUCUUCCAUGUCCACAAAACCCAACCCCUCCAACAACAAGUACAACAACUCGGAAACCUCAAGCAGAGCACCAUCCGUUCUCUACAUGCGUGCUCAAGCCUCCGCAUCCCGGCCCAGCUUCUCAGCCGACGACAGCGACGAGGAAAUCAUCCAACUGCCCAGCGUCGGCAUGCCGCAGCUUUGCAUCCAGGGCGUCGACCAGAAUAACGUGACCUUCGUCACCAGGAACACGAGUCCCAGAAACGCCUACAGGCUCAUGAGCUGGCCACGCAAGUCAAACGCAAACAUCACCCUGAGAAAUACCAUCUCCGAUGAGCAUGUGCCUUCCCGGUCAUCCUCGAGGAAUGGGCCCCAGUCUUGGGAGACCUGUUCGGCGCAGUCUUGUUAAUGGCCUACUUUGAUUCGUUUCUGGGUGGGGCUGGACAGUGACGGCAAAAGCAAUAAUGCUCCUGA